CAUCAUAUUUGAUCAAUUCUACAAGUUUUUGGCGUUGGUUUGAAAAGAAGAAGAAUAAAACCAAAGAGAUUUAUGAUACAUCAUGCAUGACAUUCUCUUUUUUGGUAUCUAAUAUACAUCUUGUCACUUUGUUCUUUAUAGGUUGUUAAUUUGUUUCUCCAUUGAGACAUUUUGUUAAGGACAAAGGAGGAGACUUCUUCAUCUGGUUUCUGGUUUUUAUUGGUUGAGAAGACGAAGCCCACUCUGGGUUGGUGGGCUUCGUCUAAUUCUCGGAUAACAAACAAAGAAAAACCCAUAGGUUUGUAAAAGGGGCUUGGUAAAAGAAUAAAGAUCCUUCUUACCCAUAUUAAGUUUGUAUCUUUUUCAAGGAAAAGAAACUAGCUUGUGUGGUACUUUCCUUCCAUAUUUUAGCUUUCAAAAUGCUAAUUUACUUUGUAACUUUUAUCUCCUUCAUCCUUUUCUAUAAAUACUCUCUUCCUACAAAGCAACUUCCACCAUGGGCUAAUGAAACUAGAUUGCUUUCUUCCUAUUUUAGGAAAGAUUUGUUGGUUCAUUUCUUUUCUGCUAAAUCUCUAAUGCAAGCAUUCUCUAUAAUCUUAAACUCAAAAAUGACCUCAAAAAAUAACACAAAGAGUUGUAGCAAGUUAAACACAAAUGCUAGAGAGAAAGUUAAAUUAGCCAAUGCAACAAGAAAGGCAAGUCUAUUAGAUUUGCCUGAUUUGGCAUUGGAAACAAUUCUUGAGAAGCUUGAGCCUGCAGACCUUUGUAGAGUGGCUUGUGUUUCCACCUAUUUAAAAGACAUGUGUAUGAGUGAUUACCACUGGAAAAACCACAUGAAACAUAAAUGGGGUAAUAUUCUUGGUUCUGCUUCUGAAAAAGAGUGGCAGUUGCAUAUUGCAGCCCAAGAGGAGAGACUUGAUGAACAAAGAAGUGGCUUUUUGAGGGGUUGUUUGUCUAACCUCUGGUCUGUUAUGCUGUUUAAAUCGAGGUCUAAUCGUGAAAGAACGUCUUCUCUGCCACCUGAUAGUUGUUCGAUUGUGUCAUACUACCGAGCCAUUGAAACGGGAAAGUUCUGGUUUCCUGCUCAAGCCUUUAAUCGUGAGAAUGGGCACAUUGGGUUCGUCAUGUCAUGCUACGAUGCAGAACUCAGAUAUGAUCGCCAUACCGAUACAUUUGAGGCUAGAUAUCCGCCACACGGAACAAGGGCAGUGCCGGCAGAGAGGGAGGUGACAUGGGAAAGGCUAAGAGAAGCUCCUCUUGAUGAUUCGCCUCAUGAUCUUCAUAUUUCAGAUUGUUUGAAUGAAUUGCGCCCAAAAGAUCACUUUGAGAUUCAAUGGAGAAGGAAUAAACAGUUCCCUUAUGGUUGGUGGUAUGGUGUUAUAGGACACCUAGAAUCAUGUGAUGGUAAUGACACUUAUUGCCGUUGCCACGAAAGUGAUACCGUGGUGCUCGAGUUCAAGCAAUAUGCACUUGGGUCACGAUGGAGACACAUGACGAUCAACAGAAAAGACCAUCGGGAAGAAGGAAAUGAAACCGAGGGUUUCUAUGGAGGAAUCAAAAAAUUAUAUAACAAGAAUGAGAUCUCUAUGUGGCAACAAUUUUGGCCAAAUGAUAUCUUGGAAUAACUAAAGCAUAUAUUUGUUCUCAAAGAUAUAUAUGAUAGUAAGUAGCUUGUUAGUUAUACGUUCUAUUUUGCUAGAAAUAUAUUGGCUAAUUGGAGAUUUGAGACUCAAAA